UUAUAUUUGGCAACCACAGCCCGCUCCCGCGGCCACUCCUCUUCCUGCCCCCUCUCCUCUCCAACCCGAUGGCCCUAACGCUGCAAUGGCCGCUCCAACUCCAGCUCCAGGCGCGGCCUCCCGCACUCGCCGCGGCCCACCGCCGCCGCCGCAUCCUCCUCCUCCCCGUCCGCCGCGCCCCGCCGCUCCGGGCUCGCUGCUGCGCCGGCGCCGGGGCCGGCACGGGGAAGGUGCAGGCGGCGGCGAGGAGGGCCUACCCGUACGACGAGAUCGAGCCGAGGUGGCAGACGCACUGGGAGGAGAACCGCACGUUCCGCACCCCAGACAUCGGCGACGGCCUCGACACCUCCAAGCCUAAGUGCUACAUCCUCGACAUGUUCCCCUACCCCAGUGGGGCUGGGUUGCAUGUUGGACACCCACUUGGAUACACGGCCACUGACAUUCUGUCGAGAUUCAAGCGCAUGAAAGGCUUCAAUGUUUUGCAUCCGAUGGGAUGGGAUGCAUUUGGUCUUCCUGCUGAGCAGUACGCUAUUGAGACAGGAACCCACCCUAAGAUUACCACUGAAAGGAACAUUGAACGCUUCCGCACACAGCUUAAAUCGUUAGGUUUUUCAUAUGACUGGGAUCGUGAAAUCUCUACGACAGAGCCAACUUACUAUAAGUGGACACAAUGGAUUUUCGUUCAACUAUUGAAAAGAGGACUGGCUUAUCAGGCCGAGGUACCGGUCAAUUGGUGCCCUGCUCUUGGAACUGUCCUGGCGAAUGAAGAAGUAGUAGAUGGUGUGAGUGAACGUGGUGGUUAUCCUGUUAUACGAAAGCCAAUGCGUCAGUGGAUGCUGAAGAUAACAUCUUAUGCUGAUCGACUUCUUGAAGAUUUGAAUGAUCUUGAUUGGCCUGAUAGCAUCAAAGAAAUGCAAAGAAAUUGGAUAGGGAGAUCGAAAGGUGCUGAGCUUGAAUUUUCUGCAGUUGACCAGGAAGGACAUGACCUAGGUGCCAAUUUGUUAGUUUACACAACAAGGCCUGACACAAUUUUUGGUGCAACAUAUCUUGUUGUGGCACCUGAGCAUGAUUUGUUGUCAUCUCUAACAUCUGAGGAACAACGAGUACACGUAGAGGAAUACAAAGAACUUGCAGCAAGAAAGAGUGAACUAGAAAGAACUGAUCUUCAGAAGGAAAAAACGGGUGUUUUCAGUGGUUCUUAUGCUAAGAACCCAGCAACUGGGGAAAUCAUUCCAAUAUGGGUUGCAGAUUAUGUUUUAGGAAGCUAUGGCACCGGGGCUAUAAUGGCAGUGCCUGCACAUGACUCCCGUGACCAUGAAUUCGCCAUGAAAUAUGAACUUCCAAUCAUUAAGGUUGUAAGUCCGCCCAAUGGCAAUUGUGAUCCAGUGGAGGCAUAUGCAGAUGAUGGUAUCAUGAUAAACUCAUCCAACUCUUCAUCUGGAUUAGAUAUUAACGGAAUUCUUUCCCAAGAUGCUGCUAUGAAAGUUAUUGAGUGGGUAGAGAGUAAUGGUUUUGGAAAGAAAAAGGUAAACUACAAGCUUCGAGAUUGGCUUUUUGCCAGACAGCGCUAUUGGGGGGAGCCUUUUCCUGUUAUUUACCUUGAUGAUACCAAUGAAAUGGUGCCUCUUUCAGAAAAUGAGUUGCCUCUAACUCUUCCUGAAUUGGAUGACUUCACUCCCACUGGUACUGGGGAGCCGCCUUUGACCAAAGCAACAAAUUGGGUUAGAACCAUCGAUCCUUUAUCUGGGAAGCCUGCAAGAAGAGAAACAAGCACCAUGCCACAAUGGGCUGGAUCAUGCUGGUACUAUUUGAGAUUCAUGGAUCCCAAAAAUUCCAGUAUUUUGGUUGAUAAGGCUAAAGAAAGGUAUUGGGGUCCAGUUGACAUCUAUGUUGGUGGUGCUGAACAUUCUGUCUUGCACUUGCUUUAUGCGAGAUUUUGGCAUAAGGUUCUGUAUGAUAUGGGCAUAGUCUCCACUAAAGAGCCCUUCAAGUGCCUGAUAAAUCAAGGAUUAAUACUAGGAGAAGUUGAGUAUACUGCAUAUAGACACAACGAAGGCAGAUGGGUUUCUGCAGACUCGAACUCAAGUUUGAUUGAUUGCUACCAAGAAAAAGUACCUGCAGAUAAGGUUACAAAAGUUGGAGAUCAUUAUGUGCUAAAGGAUGAUCCAAACAUUCGUCUAAAUGCCCGUGCCUACAAAAUGAGUAAAAGUCGAGGGAAUGUCAUCAACCCUGAUGAUGUGGUUUCAGAAUAUGGUGCUGAUUCUCUUCGCUUAUAUGAAAUGUUCAUGGGGCCAUUAAGAGAUUCAAAAACAUGGAGCACCGGGGGAAUUGAAGGUGUGCAUCGGUUUCUGGGAAGGACUUGGAGACUCAUAGUUGGCCCACCAUUACCUGAUGGAUCAUAUAAUGAUGGUACCAUGACUACUGGAGAUGAACCAACCUUGGAUCAGCUUCGAGUUCUUCACAAAUGUAUUGCAAGGGUCUCAGAGGAAAUUCAAGAAACAAGAUUUAACACUGCAAUUUCUGCAAUGAUGGAGUUUGUGAAUGCUGCAUACAAGUGGGAAACGCAACCAAAGUCUGUUAUUGAAUCCUUUGUUCUGCUGCUUUCACCCUUUGCACCACACUUGGCUGAGGAGCUUUGGUUCCGCCUUGGACACUCACAAUCAUUGGCCUAUGAACACUUUCCAGAGGCAAAAAGUGAGUACCUGGAGGAAUCAAAGCUUGUACUCCCCGUCCAAAUCAAUGGGAAGACCAGGGGUACAAUCCUUGUUGACAAAGCGUGUUCUGAGGAUGAUGCAUUCCAAAUAGCAGCCUCAGAUGAGAAACUCUCCAAAUAUUUUGCUGGAAAGGGCAUCCGGAAGAGAAUUUAUGUGCCUGGAAGGAUCUUGAAUGUUAUCCUAGAUCAACAAAAGGCAAGGACCUGAUAAUUGCUCUUGCUUUUCCGUUGACCUUGCUAAGAAUCCUUGAGGAGUAGUUGGUAGAGAUUAUGGAGACUUAACAAAUCUGUAAAUUCUGAUCCUUUUAUAACAUUUGCAGUUACUGCAAAUUUGUGGAAUCAUGAUUUAUUUGCAAGGAACCUUUUUUGUCCUCUUGGAAUACAAUUUCCAUUGGAGAUCAGAAGAAGCUUUUUAAUAAAGUGAAAUUCAAGGUUA